AUGACCCCCAUUCAAAUAACUUUCUCAACCAUGUUCCUCCUUGGCCUAAUAGGCUUAACAUUUCACCGAACCCACCUCCUUUCGGCCCUAUUAUGUCUUGAAAGCAUAAUAUUAUCGCUAUUCCUGGCAACUUCCUUAUGAGCCCUACAACUAAGUACCAUUAACAUCGCAACUGUCCCCAUACUACUCCUAGCUUUCUCAGCCUGUGAAGCAAGCUCUGGCCUAGCCCUACUAGUUGCCACUGCCCGCACCCAUGGCUCUGACCACAUACAAAACCUCAACCUCCUGCAGUGUUAA